AUGCUGAUCACAGUGACCUACACACUCCCGAUCGCCGCGGACGAGAUCCUGCUGGACACGGCAGCCUUUUCCGUCUGCGCAACCGACGUUAAAGCCGCGAGCGGCGCGUUCGCCUACUGCGCCCCACCACUCAUUCUAGGCCACGAGUGCGCGGGCACCGUCGUCGAGGUUGGAAGCUCUGUUGUCGGCCUCGCUGUCGGUGACAAGGUCGUCUUGUCCUAUGCCAGUUGCGGGACAUGCCAAAUGUGUGAGGGGAAUGGGGACGCCUAUUGUGUUGAGUUAAGGAGGUUGAAUUUUGACGGAAGAGUCGUCGGCGCUGUCAAGGGGGAGGGGGGCGAAGUCAAGGUUAAGGGGCUCUUCUUUGGGCAGAGCAGCAUGGGCCGACGGAUCGUGGCGCGGGCAAGGAGCGCGGUGAAACUGCCGCCAGAGACUUCCUCGCGGGAGAUGUGUCUCUUUGCUGCGCUCGGGUGUGGGAUUCAGACCGGGGCAGGGGCCAUCUUCAACGUUGCGCGGCCCGGCCAGGGAAGUUCGGUGUGCAUCUUCGGAGCGGGAUCGGUUGGCCUGGCGGCGUGUCUUGCGGCAAAGCUGAGCGGGCCGGCGAGGCUGGUGCUGGUGGACAAGUCGGCCAAGAAGCUUUCCAUGCUCCCUGCUUGCGUGCGCGAGGCGGCGACAGAUCUGGUCGAUUCGUCUGCCUUUGCUGCGGGGAGGGAGUCAGAGGAGCAGUUGAUCGAAAGGCUGAAAAAGUUGACGCCCGGAGAGCACGGGUUUGACUACGUUCUGGACUGCGUUGGGCGAGGAGACUUGGUCAAAGUCGGUCAUCUGGCGCUCAAGGCCAGGGGUACACUCAUCACCGUCGGCGGGUCUCUGGAUAUCAUGCAGGUAACGCUGAGCCAGCAUUUGGCGAAGGGGAUAACAUACCGAGGCACACACCAGGGUGACUCGGUGCCGCGCGUGGUACGUUACGGACUCUCUAGCAGCAGCGUUGGAAAAUUUCCGUUCGAUAAGCUGCUCAGCUUCUACGGCUUCAAGGAACUGCACACGGCGCUUCAACACGUGCGAGACGGCCGGGUGAUCAAGCCGGUUCUUGUAUGUGACGGGGACACCCUACUACCUGCAUACCUAGGUAGUCCGGUGUGCCAUGAGAGAACAAGGCGCUUCGAUCAUGGAGAACGUCAGCAUGGCCCAUAUGGGGUCAGCGGUGCCGUUGAAUCACAGAAUCAGAAUGCUCAAUAUGAGUAA